AUGGAAAAUGGAUUGACUAACAACAACAAUAAUAACAAUCUGAAUAAAUUAACAGACUCGUCACUAAGCAUACUAAAAAAUGCUCAACAAACUCAAGGUUCGAAUGGAUUAUUAUUAUCUAGUGUCAAACCAAUUACUAACAAAGAAGAUAGUGGAUCAAGUAGUCAAGGAGGUAGGCAGUAUACAUCAUCACAUCAUGCAAGAAGAGUUAGAUCAGCAACAACUUUAAAUCAAACCAAUAGACCUAAUACAGAAGAAUUAAUAGGGCAAAACAGUUUGGGAGUUUAUAUGCAAAGACAAAGAGCCACCAGCAUUGGUGGAGGCAAUAUACAAAAAUCACCAAAAGCCAAACCAAUUUUUGCAAUACAAUCAUCACAGAUAAUAAAGGAUGGACCAGAGUUAAGACAAUUAAAAAUGGAUAAUUAUCGUGGCACUAAUGAAGUAUAUGAAGAUUUGUCAAAAACUACAGAUGAUUUUUUACAAUGGAUGUUAUUAUUAGAUGCUGGGAUCAAUCAACUUUUAACAAG